AUGGCUUCUCGAAACUUCAUCACCCACGGCCGCAAGAUCGUUGCGAUCGGCCGCAAUUUCAGCGAGCACGCUAAAGAGCUCGGCAACGCCGUUCCCAAGGCCCCAUUCUUCUUCCUCAAGCCCACCUCCUCCUACAUUUCCAACCUCCAACCGAUCGAGGUCCCCGCAGGAUGUGAAGUCCAUCACGAAGUUGAGCUCGGUGUCGUCAUCGGGAAAGACGGUCGGGACAUCCCCGCAUCCGAGGCGCAUAAGCAUAUUGCGGGGUAUACCCUGGCUUUAGACAUGACUGCACGCAACCUGCAGGAUGUCGCCAAGAAGGCGGGUUUGCCCUGGAGUGCAGCAAAGGGCUAUGAUACUUUCACGCCCGUGGGAGAGUUGAUCCCGAAGGAGCAGAUUCCGGAUACGAACAAUGUCGAUUUGAAGCUCACGAUCGACGGGAUCACGAAGCAGAACGGAAACACCAAGGAUAUGAUUUUCAAGGUCCCUAUGCUGAUCGAAUAUGUCUCAUCAAUCAUGAAGCUGCAAGAGGGCGAUGUCAUCUUGACAGGAACCCCUGCCGGUGUCGGUCCCAUCAAGCCUGGCGAGACCGUCGCCUGCGAACUUGGUACCGAGGGCAAGAUCCUCUCCCAGCUCAAGUUCCCUGUCAUCGAACGCCCCAAGAAGGUCUAA